AUGAUUAAUUUAAUAACAAUUGGAUCAUUAUGUCAAUUUUCCGAAGUAAAAAAUGAUCCAUUUGGUUUUGGUCGUUUAUGUUUAAAGGAUAUGAAUGAUCUUACAUUAGGAACAUAUAUUGAACCAAUAACAAGAUGUUUAUCAUCUGAAAAAAUACGAAAACGUUUUUAUCAAUUAUUAACAUCAGCUCGUAGUCGAGUUAUAAGAAAAGAGUCAAUGGAUUUAUUUAAAAAUUUAAAAAUGUUAUGGUCAAGUGGAGAUAAACGAUGUGGAACAGCAAUACAUGCCGAUUGA